CGAGUGCGAGCCCGCGGUACCUACACGCCGGGUCUGGGUUUGGCCGGGUCGGGUGCUGCGCAGGCAUAGCGGAGUGGAGCAAGAGCAAGAGCAGAAGCAGAGGCAGUGCCAGUGCCAGUGCCAGUGGUAGAGCCGAAUCCAGAAAGAGAGCCAGUACCAUCGGCAGCUGUAGUGGCGUCAAGAGUGAGCCGUGCACCAGCCACGCCGCUCUAAACGCAUUCGCUGAAUUACGAGUUGACGUUACGAAUCGUUUCUCUUCGAUUUAAGGAGAUCUAUGUGACAGAUAGAUAGAUAGAGAGAUAGAGUGAGAUAGAGAGAUAGAAAGAGGGAGAGGGAUAGAGAGAUAAAGCUAGAAAGAAGAAGAGAAAGAAGAAGUAGAAAGAAACAGAAAGAAAAGAAGAGAGAAGAGAGAGAAAGAGGAAGAGAGUGAGAGAGUGAGAGAGAGAGAGAGAGAGAGAGAGAGUUAUAUGUACAUAUAGACAGAGUUAAAUAUAGGAGUAUAGACAAAGGAUCAAAGCAGCGAAGAAUUAGAAAUUGAGAGUGAAACGAAAAGUACUUAUCAUCGGGAAUCGCUUUGUGAAUGAUUGUCGGAUUGUUUUAAUAUUCUAUCGAGGAUAGAUAGAACGAAGAUAACCGAAGAGUGAGAAAACGAACAUAUCGUUAUUAUUAUUUGUGAUCUGUGCGGUUUUUUUAUAAGUGUUUUCAUAUUAUAACGUACAGUGGAACUUACAUACACAAAUGUGAGAACUGUGAGAAAAGCUUUUGACUUGUCGUUGUCCAGCAGGAAGAUCAACAAAGUUGCAUACCCGGUUGUCAAGCGAGUGCUAACUACUUCGGUGAACUAUUCUAUGACUGGUAUUUGUAUUUGUGGAGAAUCUCCUGAUACCUGAUUGGUGGUGCGAACGUGGUUGGUACACAUAAGCGAGGCGUUCAACGUGGCCGAUCAUUGGACAUGGUGAGGGGGCAUGUUGAUGUGCCGGCGGUUGCUGCUGAUCGCAGCCGCGAUCGCGGCCUCGAUCGAGGUUGGCUCCGCUAGUUAUCGCUCGAGCAUAUCCUCGGACAACUCCGGCAAUCCUGGAACGACGUCGUCCGAGGUAUCCUCUAGCAGCCCGGAAACGAGCGGCUCGCCGACCGAAAUCGCCGAGACGAUCGUUUGCAGACCGUCCGAGUAUCUUUGUGGUACUGGCCAGUGUGUCGCACAGGACAAAUAUUGCGACGGCGAAAAUGACUGCGGCGACAAGUCGGACGAGCCAAGAUACUGCACGCCAUGCAACCGAACGCUAUACGGUGACGUCGGUCGGACAUACAGAAUGGAAGUCCGUCGGCCGAGGAAGGAUCGACUGCCAUUCUUGUGUCACCUCAACUUCACUGCCGCCGGCUCCGAUCUUGGUGAUCUAGUUCAGUUAACGUUCGACACAUUUACGGUCGGUCGAUUUCUAUCUUUCACGUCAGAAGGAUGCCCGGAUGGUUUCAUGAGUAUUCGCGAAGAGGGUCGUCCAGCGACAGGUGGACAAUGGUGUGGCAGUGCUUGGGGUUACACCGUUUACUACAGCGAAACAUCCUCCAUCAAUCUCACUCUUUACUUGCAACGCUUGCCCGAGGAGGGGAUCGGUUACAACUUCGACUUCCAACUGUCGUACAAGUUUCUCAGACGGAGCGAAGCACAUCUGAGGUACGGAAACACAAGUAUGGCCACUUGGCGGGGUGAACUAGUAAAUGGUACCUACUGUGAUCGUGUAUUAACCAAAUGCGACACUCGUGCCUGCCGGCUUCAGUCACCAAACUAUCCUGGCGUUUAUCCCAGGAACGUCACCUGUUACUAUCGCGUAGAACAGAAUCGUGCACCUCCUGGGCACAGAGCACUUCUUGCUGUCAGUCAACGGAACAGCCAUAAGAUACACAUCAAGGAUCAGAUCGUCAAAUACGACAGGAGUCAACGUAUACUUAGAGUUUGGGAUCAGUGCAACGUAGUACAAGAUUACUUAACUGUGUACGACGGUGGUUCCACCUCCGACAGGGUCCUCGUGAGAUUGUGUGGCGGUGACGCAGUGCCGGAUAUUGUCAGUAGUCACAACACAAUGCUUUUGGAAUUUCACACCUCGCCAUACGAUAAUCCGUUUCACCCUGUUCCUUUGUCGUUCCUUCCAGGAUUCGAGCUUGAAGUUCAGGUGCUAUUCGUCGACGAGAAAUCCCGGAGCUUCGUGAAAGAGAACGACAACUGCGACUUUUAUAUAUCGAGCGACGAAAGCUCGUUGGGAAUACUGGAGAAUCCGAAACAUUCUCUACCGCCGAACACUACUUGCCGUUAUCACUUUCAAGGGAAACUAAACGAGAUAGUUUGGCUUUCGUUCGUGAAGUAUUACGCAGCCAGUGCUGAACUUGCCGCGAAUCUUCACACAGGUGCCGAUUGUAACGCUAAGUUGCUGAUAUGGGAUGGCGAUCAUGCUUCGAAUAAGCUUGUUACAAAUCGUAAGAACAUCACACUGAUGGGCCAAUUUUGUAAGGAUGACAUUCCACGACUAUGCGAUCACAGUCUUUUACGUAAUAGCAGUCGUCACACGCGUCCUUGCAGUCUGACCGAGAGUUACGUUUCAACCGGUAGAGAUCUAACCUUGGAACACAUUCUUCGUCAAGGAAGUGCACUUUAUCCGAUAAGCUUCGUCCUACGUUAUGAAUUCGUUCAUGAGGCAACAUCCUGUAAUCACGUUUUUUCAAUGGCGUCACCGACAUCCUCGUCUUCCACAUCAUCGUCAUCCUCAUCAUCAUCUUCAUCGUCUUCGUCUUCGUCUUCGUUAUCGAUUGUCUCGAACUUUGGAAAGUUCACAUCCCCUAAGAGCGUGUUUCUCUAUGGCCGAGGUGGCAUGCAAAAUCUCAGCUGUAUUUACAGAUUCGAGUCCGAGCCCGAACAUAGAAUAGAGUUAUCCAUUGACAGAGCUUCCUUCGGUGAUAAGAUCUGUACCUCUUACAUCGAUCCACUCGUCAAUCGAUGGACUUGCGAUAGACGUAUUGGCGAGCCAAGAAAGUUUGGUAUAGCUGAACUCGUCAUUGCUGAGUAUCCUUGGCAAGAGGUUGAAUUGGUACGCGAUUGUUUAUGCUCGAACGUCAGCGAAAGGAUCGUCUUGAGGAGUCUAACGUCUAACAUUAUUGAAAUUAGAUUUACGGUGACAUUGAUGAACGUAACGCAAGACUACAGGGAUUACUUCUUCGAAGGGCAAUAUCGUUUCGUUCCAAUGAAUACGGAAAAUAGUGAACAGGGUUGCUCGACGAAACUGGAAGAGCGUCGAUUGCGUGGUACCAGCGGUGAAAUAUCGCUUAGAAGUCCGUUACCACGUGUAAUACCUGGUGUCGCCGCGGUCGAGGAAAUUCUAACGAACACAGAAGACCUAACGGCAACCCAAUGCGUGAACGAACCCUGGUUGAUAGAGCCCGAAGAUCCACGUAUGAACUUUCUAUAUUUACGAACCGCUGGUUAUAGCAUUAAUCUUGACAACGUUGAAGAAUGUACGACUCUCAAUCGAAUAAUCGUAUAUUCAGCGGCAAAUACCAAAGAACGUAGUGUUAUAUGUCCAGAGGGUGGCGUUGAUACCAGCCGAACCGUCGACUUUUUCUCUGGUGGUUGGAAUUACAGUGCAGUUAAUGCUACCGUUGCGAUGCAACAACAUUCGAGAAGCUUCGUUGUUGAAUUCCUUCAAAGAGAACCGGGCUUUUAUGCCGUUACUUGGAUGGCUAUCUCGAAACGAUCGUCCAACGUUGGUUUUACCAUGUCACCUAUGGAGGAAUGUCCUUAUAGGUGCCCGGAAAUUCAAGCGUGCAUUAACCAGGUCCUUUGGUGUGACGGUGUACGUAACUGUCCAUCCGGUUUCGACGAGGAGGAAGCCAACUGUUCGUAUCGUUUCAGUGUAACAUUGCUUUACGUCGCCGUUGGUGCCGGUGCCCUCGGUAUAUUCCUUAUCCUUCUAUUGGCGACCGGUUGUCUUAAGUAUUGCCUAUAUCGUCACAAAACGCGAAAGAAGAAGAAAAAUGCUGCGCUCAAUGUAAAUCAUCACGUCAAUCACACCCACCAUAAUAACGGUUUGACUGGGAGCAGAUUAAGCGGACGUUACAAUCUUCCGACACCGCAGGAAAUGUAUUUGGAGAAUUACGGGAAAGAUAGUAUUUGUUGACAAUACGCCAUUACCAAUAUCGAGACCACCGUGUGAAUAGUUUGGAUUUUUAAUCUGCCUACCUCGCUGAGAUAGAACGCGUAAAAAAGAAUUAUCAAUGGAUGAUAAACGAAGAGGGAAGGAAAGAAAAAGAAAAAGAAAAAAAGAAAAAAAAAAGAAAAAACAAACGAACGAACGAAUAAAAACGAAAAAAACGAAAAUGAAAAGAUUAUUGACGAUGGAUAAAUGAAAAUUAUCGACGGACUAUUAUCGACAAAUACGCGCUAAGAGGAGUUCUGCUGCGUUGUUUCAUUCUUUAUGAAUACUUUUUAAAAUCUGUUCGACGCUCGAACAAAUCUGAAUGUACCAAACACACGCAACAAUGAUUUUUUAGAACGUGCUCGUUUCGUUAACCGGAUCUAACAACAUCCGAGAAAUGUAUGAAAAACGCGAGAAUUCUUUUUUUUCUUUUUUUUUUUUUUUUUUAAUUUUUCUUUUAUCUUUUUCUUCUCUCUCUCUCUCUCUCUCUCUCUCUCUCUCUUUCGCUCUUUCUUUCUCUCUCUAUCUAUUUAUCUAUCUAUCUAUCUAUCUCUCUUUUUCUUUUUCUUUUCUAUUCCUUUUUUUUUUUUUUUAAUUAACGUGCUCCCUCUGGCAAUACAAGGGUAGCCAGGAAAUAAGAAUUUCAUCGAUCGUCAAGAAAAACGUCGUCCUACUUGUCGAGCUCAUCUCUCGCAUUAGUCUUACUCUCGCGAUAGAGACCGACCAAGUUCCAUUAUCCUCAGAAAAGAGGAUUAUUAUCCGUGAGCUACGACGGUAAAUUUAAAUAACGCGCGUAUUUUUAGUAAAUAAUAAAAGCGAGCUGCAAAAAGUGAUGAUCAGGAGGGGGAGGUAUUAGCGUGAAUUUCUGCGUUUUGCAAUAAAAUCGAAAGCUGCCAGAAGAAAGAGAUAGAGAGAGAAAAAAGGAAAAAAAAAGAAAAAAGAGAGAGAGAGAGAGAGAGAGAGGAAGAGAUAAAGAAAGAAAGAAAGAAAGAAAGAAAGGGAACGAAAGAGAAGAGCGAAUUUUUUGUUUUAUAUCUCGUUCUCUAAAUUUGCGAAGAAUGUCUUUUUUGAUAAAAAUAAAUGAAAGAAAAAAAAAGGAAAAAAAAAGAAAAGAAAAGAAAAUAAAAGGA